AUGAGCUCGGGUCCUACACUGCCCACAGAAAACUCGGUUUCGGCCUUAGAGGCGCAGAUCCUCCAGCUCCAGACCUCGUUCAACCAGCUCUGGCAGAAACUCAAGACACCCGAGACCCCCACCCCGGCCCGGAUUGUGAUCUGGGGCACGCAGUAUGGGGGAAGCACCUUGGGCUGCGAGCCUUUUACGGCUGCAAUCCAAUCCCGGAUCUGGUUCACAUAUCGGUCCGGAUUCGAGCCCAUUUUGCGGGCCGAGGACGGGCCGGGUCCUCUCUCUUUUCUAGGAUCCAUGCUUUUCAACGCCAUUCCCAACACAACGGUGGCCGGUGUUCUUGAUAGCAACCACUUCACAACGGACGUUGGCUGGGGAUGUAUGAUCCGCACGUCGCAGUCGCUUUUGGCCAACACGCUACAAUCCGUAGCAUUGGGCAGAGACUACUGCUACAAAGGCACCGACAGCAGGCUCGACGCCAUCUUGUCACUUUUCGCAGACAAUUACAACAGCCCGUUUUCCUUGCACAACUUUGUCCGUGCUGCGUCGGAGCUGCCUUUGCAAGUGAAGCCGGGCCAGUGGUUUGGACCCAGUGCAGCGUCCUUGUCCAUCAAGCGAUUGUGCGACCGGUGCAUGCCGGGCGCUGUUCCAAAAAUACACGUUAUGAUCAGCGAAAGCUGCGAUUUGUACGACAGCGAAAUCGAGGCCCAUUUUGCCCGUGACCGCAGCGUCCUAUUGGUGUUAUUCCCAGUGCGCUUGGGAAUCGAAAACGUCAACGCGUACUAUCACCAGAGCCUUUUCCAGUUGCUUGCUUCGAAGCACUCCGUUGGGAUUGCAGGGGGGAAGCCCUCCUCAAGUUAUUACUUCUUCGGGUACCAGGACUCUGAGCUAUUGUAUUUGGACCCCCACAAUCUACAAGCCGUCUCGCGCGACGGCUCCACGUAUCACACCUCCAAAUGCCGGUCGCUCCCCAUUUCCGCUUUAGACCCGUCAAUGUUGAUCGGCCUAUCUUUUCUUCCGGAGCUCGAGGGCGAACUUGUCGAUGACUUUGUGAAUGUUAGCGAUCAUUUUUCCGACACCGACAGUGGGCUAGUGGACGUGCAACGCGCAGCCGAGGGCCCAGAAACAGAGUCCUCAGUGGAUGCCUCAAUCAGCAAGUACGACUUGGUGGGACACACCGAUGCUGCGUAA